CCUCUUUGGUGCAUAAGAUGACACAGCUGGCCCCAAGGGGCCAAAAAUUUCUAGUUUAUACGGGAUUUUAUGGGAUCGUCCUCGUAAUUGAACCUCGUCUUCAAGACAAGAUAUCACCCAGCUACAAUGGCCCCUCAGAUGCCGAAAGCGUGUCUCUCCUGCGUGGAUAAGAAACGGAAAUGUGACAAAGUGUUUCCCCAAUGUUAGUGGUGCUCUCGGUAAGCUGCGUACAUAUCCCUAUCUGUAUCGAAUAUCUAAACCAUAACAUGUCCAGGUCGAAAGUAAAGCAGGAGUGUGUAUACAGGGAUCCCUUCAAAGAUCAGCUAUUAAACUUCGACAACGGGUGGCUUCCCCAAAAUGUCCAGCCAUUCAAAUCUCCAAUGAGCUGUGAGAAAUGCAGAGUUGGAAAACGCGCCUGUAGUAGGGACUUACCAGCUUACUCUCGAUGCGAGAGGUAUUUCUCUUUCCAUUAAGAUUUCUGCUUGAUUCUA